UAAUUUUUUUUAUUUUAUUUUAUUAUUAUUUUUGUUUUUCAAAUUACAUGCUUAAUCUGUGAAUAUCCUUUUUGUGGAAUUCAUUUAGUUUUCUUUCGUUUCAUAGAGGAGCGGGACUUAUCAUAAACAUCUAUGGAUAUUGAAAAGACAAUCAACAAAAAUUUUACGGUAUAAAAAAAAAACUCGGAACUUGAAUGUGAACACAAAAAUUCUAUAACCACCCAAGAAUCCAGUUGAAUAUAAUUGGGAUUGUGUUUUUGACUUUGAAAACAGUAAGCCAUGUCGUGGUUAUUUGGAAGGAAAAAAGUCAGAGACUCACCGCCAGAUUCGGGUGAAGAAGCAUCUUCAUCAACUAGUCAUAUCGAUGAUUACAUACUCGUAGAAAGGCAGACAAAUCCACCUUCAUCAAUUGUAGGAGGACAUGGAAAUGAUACAUCAACUAAAUCAUUUGGUCUAUAUCCCUUUCUUCCUCAAGAUCAAUCCAUCAAUGCAUCAACACUUUCAUCCAACAUUUCUCAAAUGGACAUUUUGUGUGAUGCACCGAGAUAUUUGCACUGUAUAAAAUUUCAAUUGAACAAAACAUUUGAAACUGAUAUUGAAAUUGACAGACUACACGCUGAUGAAAUUUUCUCAUUUAUAUUGAGGAUUAAAAGCGAGGACUAUGAUUAUGAUUUCUCAUUAGAAACUAGUGUAAUCAAUGAAAUGGUAACAAGCACCGAAUAAUAACUUUGCUCCAGCUUCUCUUUCAAUUUUUACAAAUCCUCUGGUAUCUUAUUACAAUUAAUACGGUAUAGAUAUUACCCACUUACUGGAAUUCCUCUUUUAUUUUUCUUGUUGUUAUGAUGCCUGUUGUUACUAUGAAAAAAAAAAAAAAAAAAAAAAAACCCUCCUAAAGAAAAUCUGUAAAGACAAUUGGAAUGGUUAUAACAAAUAAUGCAUACAUAGUAAUUGUAAUUAGUUUUUAAUUCAUAUGGCUAGACAAUAUGUCAGAAUAAUUGCAAUAAAAAUGAAGAAUGGUAACCAUGUUUUGAGGAAUCCUGACCAGCUGUAAUCAUAAAAUAAUCUGUUAUAUAUAUAUAUGUAUGUUAUGAAAAUAAAAAUAAUUCAUUAAAUGGCUUAA